AUGACCUCAGUUGAGAAACGCCGUUCUAGCCGAAAGAGUGGUGGACAUCGAAAGCACAGUGAUGGAGGCUACAGCGACACCUCCAGUGGUGGGUCCUUUCUGGACGAGACUGACCGUGAAGUCAGCAAUCUGACGGAUCGAGCGUUCAGGAGUCUCUGUAUUGGAGAUGAAGCUGUUUAUAAUGACUCAGACCUUGGCUCAUCUUCACCCUGCAGCCAGAGAGACAGACAGCUGGCCUUUAGUCAGAGUGGACAGGACAGAGACAGAGAGGACCGAGAGAGGGAGGAACUUAAAAGAGCUGCACAUGAGAGCUUCAGCCUCAGAGUGCAGCAGUAUGGACAGGACUGGAUUCAUGGAGGAGUGUAUGGGGCUGAGAUCCACAGAGACCCACAGUGGGGCGUUUAUGGGGAGAGGACACAAGGGAGGGUUUCUGCCACAUUCCAGCACGCCUUCAUGGAAAUGCAGAAAGAGAAAUCUCUCAAUGACGAACAGCUCUCCUUCUUCAGCAAUGGAGCCACAGAGUUGAGUUCACAACAGCGCAGGAGCCGCUCCAGAGUUUCCUCUCUUAUCAAAGCUUUUAACUCUGAGGGACACAGGGAUGGAGCAGGGACAGAUGGUAAACUAAGAGAAUGGAAUGAUGAGACAAGCUGGGACAAAUCAGCUCUCAUGAGCAUCCGGCGGGAACUUUCUGAAUUCUCUACAUCAUACCAGCAAAACUUUGACAGUGGUCAUUUCCCCCCCGCUGGCCCCUUCUCAUCCCAAGACACCAACUUCUAUUCCUCUGAAGUAGCUGCAGUGGCUCACAUGAAUUCUGCAUCUUCUUUUAUGAGAUCUUCCCACAGUAAACACAGCAUGUUGACACAAGUUAACUGUAACUCUAAUUUCUUUAUACACAGUGAGUUUAGCCCCUUUAGAGUAUGGAGAGACCAUAACAGGUUCCCUUUCCAACAAGGAGAAGUAUCAGGGUUUAUGCACUGUUCGGAGUUCCCCAAAUGGUGUGAGACACCAAUGUACAAGGAGCUUUCAUUGGAAGCCCAACAACAGGGUGCCUCUAUGUUUGAGGAGAGGGGUAUUAGACACCAGAGGAAUACCUUGGCGCCCACGCCUUCACGCUCCACAUCAACAUCCACAAUGUUACAGAAGGCCUCCGCUGUGGAGAAACGUUGUGAGUCUGAGUUGGCUGGACAUUAUCCCCACAGGAAGAGGACACAGAGCCUGGGUACUAACAGGCUCCCAUCUCAGCGCCCAUCAACUGCAUCACCCACUAUUGAGAUGUCUCGGCGUGUACGGGACACGAUCAGCUCUGUCAAAGCCCUCCAGCACAAAAUCAAAAUCAUGACGGAGCAAAACAUUGCAACAGAGAUGACAGCAAAUAAAUCAGGAGUAUUUUAUAACAAUGAGAAUUUAAUUCCAAUUGGCAACAAUGCAGUAACAGCAGCACCAAAUGUUGUCAGUAAUAACACCAGCACAGCUCCCUUCAACAUCAGCCAGUUGCUUACACCUCAAGUCCAUGCACAUCAAGAGACAACAGAGGUGCAGCAAUAUGCAGUUUCUCCCCAACCUGUGGAACAUGCUCCAGUGCGAGCUGAAAGCAGGGGAGCCACUCCUGAUGUUAGGAUGUCUAGCUAUAAAUCCAGAGCCUCAAGCCUCCUCUUCAAUCUCAAAGACAACAGGAAGAGAGUGAAAAGCACGUACAGUCCUACCAAAUUUAAAGGUUUGGAGACACUGGAGAAAAACAAACAACCCUCUUCCCAGGAACCCAGAGACAUUGUGAUAGAUAUUCCGGAGUUUCCAGAUUCAGAUAUUAAAAUUUCUCAGGUGCAGGAUAGACAGGUUGUUGAGGUCAAGGCUGCACAGGACACAGCAGAACAGAUACAAGUACAGCACGCCCAGACAGAGUUGGCAAAAGCUCAGCACUGGGCUCAAGCAGAGCAGCCCAAAGCAGAACAAGCUAUGGUAAUUUUAGUAGGUCAGACUGAUUCAGAAAAAGUCAAAGCUGAACCAACUGAGCAGGACAGCAUAAAACAGACAAAAGUAGAGUUUAACAUGGCCGACAAAGCUCAAGCAGAACAUCAUAAAGCAGAACAGCAAAGAGAGGAGCCAAGAAAAGAGAAACAGAUAGAACAGGCCAGAGGAAAAAAGCCAGAACAAGCCAGACAGGAACUGAUAAGAGCAGAGCAAACCAGAGCUCAAAAUGUAACAGAAAUACUAAGAGGCAUUACAGAAGAAGUGGGAGUCGAGCAUACAAGAGAACAGCAAAGCGAGCAGGUCAAAGCAGAGCAAGCUGAUGCAGGGAGGCUAAAAGAAGAACACAUAAAAACUGAACUGGUAAAGACCGAGCACGCUGGGCAGGCAAGAACAGAGCAAGCCAAAACUCAACCAGGCGGAAAAGAAAGACUCAAAGCAGAACAAGUUGAGGCACAGCUGGUUAGAGCAGAACAAGCUGAAAGAGAAGAGACAGAGGGAGAACAAAUCAGAGCAGCAAAAGUUAAAGCAGAACUUGCUGAUGCAGAGCGCAGAAAAGCGAAACAGUCUAAACUACAGCAGAUACAAGUGCAACAGGCCAAAGCAGAGCAAGAGAAGACAAAGGUAGUUGGAGUGGAAAAUGUCAAGGCUGAGCAUAAUGUUGAGGAUGUUAGAGAGAAGAAACCUGAGGAAGAUUCAAUUCGAACGGAUCAGGACAUAAUAGCAAGAGAAAAGAAAGACCACACAGAUAACACACCAAAAGAGAGCUCAGCAAAGAUCAUCAAGAAAGAUCAAGGAGGAAUUAUUACUGAAGAGAAAAAUCCACAAACCACACAAGCAGAAGAUGUCAAUGAGAAGUUCAAAGUCAAGAUCAACCACAAGGACGAUUUCAACAGAGCUGAUGUUGAAACUCUGAUAAAACAUGAUGUCCAGCCAUCAGUGAAAGAAGAUAUGACAACUAUCAUAAAUCCUUCCAAGAGCAGGAAUAUAGAUGACAAGAGUGCACCUCUACUGGAAGAAAAGAGACAUGACUCAAACCAAUCAAAGCCAUUCAUCAAAACCAAUCCAUCUAGCCAUUUAACUGAGAAUGAUAAUCAAGUGGACAAUAAUAUUCAUAUAGACAGUAUUGCCAUCAGAGUUGUGCCAGCAGUAACUGAGAAGGACAACCAGAAGAUGAUGGGAAAACAUACCACAGCUGUCCCUAAUUCUGAUGAAAAAGCGAGCACCUUAAGCAAAGCGGACCAGCAAAAGGAUCUCACUUCAGUAAGCAAUCCUGUCAAUUUGGAAGGCAAAGUGGGAGUACAUCAACACAGCAGCAAAAAUGAAACAAAAGAGGAGGACAGGAGGGCAAAGCAAAGAGAGGACGAAAGGAGAAUGAAGGAAAUUGAGGAGGAAAGGAGAGCAAAACUGAGAGCAGAAGAAGAGAGGAUGAAAGCUAUUGAGGAGAGAAAGAGGGUCAAACAGAGAGAAGAGGAGAUCGCUGCUCAAGAGGAGCAGCAGAGGAGAGCUGCUCUAAUUAAGGAGCAAAGGCAAAAGGCCAAACAGGUUGAGGAGGAGAAGAGACUUGCUUCUAUUGAGGAGGAGAGGAAAAGAAAACAAAGAGAGGAAGAGAGAGCUGCACAAGAGGAGCAGCAGAGGAGAGCUGCUCUAAUUGAGGAGCAAAGGCAAAAGGCCAAACAGGUUGAGGAGGAGAAGAGACUUGCUUUUAUUGAGGAGGAGAGGAAAAGAAAACAAAGAGAGGAAGAGAGAGCUGCUCAAGAGGAGCAGCGGAGGAGAGACACUCUAAUUGAGGAGCAAAGGCAAAAGGCCACACAAAUUGAGGAGGAGAGAAGAAGAAAACAAAUAGAGGAAGAAAGAGCUGCUCAAGAGGAGCAAAGGCAAAAGGCCAAACAGAUUGAAGAAGAGAGGAGAAGAAAACAAAGAGAAGAAGAGAGAGCAGCCCGAGAGGAGCAGCAGAGGAUAGCUGCUCAAAUUGAGGAGCAAAGGCGAAAGACCAAACAGAUUGAAGAUGACAAGAAGAGACUCACUUAUAUUGAAGAGGAGAGGAAAAGAAAACAGAGUGAGGAGGAGAGAGCUGCUCAAAUUGCAGAAGAGAAAAUGAUUAAACAGAUUCAGGAACAGGAGAAACAUAAGGAGCAGGUUGAGGGGAAGAGGAGAGAAAGACAGAACAAAGAAGAGUGGAUAAGAACUCAAAACGAGGAGGAGGAAAGGAGAGCUGCUGACAAAGAGAAAGCAAUUCUUAAGCAAAGAGAGGAACAGCAAGCCAAUGAGGAGAGGGCCAGGGAGCUUGAGGAGGCGAGUCAGGCAGCGCAGAGAGAGGAGAAGCGAGUAGCACGAGAGAGGUUGCAGGCUCAAAGAGAGGAGGAGGCAAGGGCUAAAAAGAGAGAAGAAGAAAAGUUAGCAGCUCAGAGAGAAAAGGAGAGAGUUUCUCAGGUGGAGUCGAAAAAAGCAGCGCAGAGGAUGGAUGCUCUUCAGUACUAUGCCAUCACCUCAACAGAGUCAGAAAAGAAACUCAGAGAAAGACAACUACGCUCUCCUGCACCCUCCCAACACAGAAACAAUGAACUUGAGUCAGCUGAGGACUCUGGAUCCUACAAUAGGCUACGCAGGUCUCAUAAUGCUGCAUCUCCAGCUCCAUCCCUCCCCCGCUCCAACACAUCCUCUCCUGCACACGGAGCCAAGCCCUCAAUGUUCAGGGUGAAGGAUAACACUAUAAGAGGUUCCUAUUUCACCAAAUCAGUCAAACCACGCUUCCAUAAGAACUUCGGAGAAGAUUUCAGGGUAGGUUCACCCUGGUCAGACAGAGGAGAUGAGGAGCCGGAGAUUAUGAGACGUAACGCAGGAACCCCAAUUCAUCCUGAUACAGCCACCAGACUUGCUGCUAUCAAAGAAUCUUCAACUCUUCAGCUAUCUUCAUCACAGGAUUACUCAGCCCCUCUCUCGCACCACAGGCCCUACAACAGGCGGAGUUUUGCUAUGGAUGAAGAUGACUCCCGCUCUGUCAUCAGCAACAUGUCUGAGGAUGUGGAGAGUUUUGUCACCAGUGUGGGGGACGUGGCAGAUAUACGGGGCCUAUAUGACUACGAGAGGCCAGAGUCUGCAUGCAGUUUCAGUAGUGAUGUGUCCCGCUUAGGAAAGCCUCCAGUUGUUCCCCCAAAAAGCGAGAAAGCCCUGCUUAGGGCGAAAAGACUGGCCAAACGGAGGAUAAAGAAAGAGUUGUCCAAAGCUACAGGAGACAGCCCGGCUGAGAAAUCUCUUCAAGAGGUCUCAAGUACUCCUUCCACCUCCUCCUCUGAGGUAUGCUCCUCAAACCGCCAUGCUGUGGCUUCCCCUCAUUUUUCCCCACCUGUCUCCCUUGCUCGUGCACCAGCAUUGGAGUCAAGCUUGCCCUCUUCGCAUUCAGAGCCCCAGCCUUCUCGUCACUCUUUCCAUGCCUCCCCUCAUGCUACUGCCCCUGUCUCCCUCCCAGUUGCCUCCCCUCACGCAACUACCCCUGUCUCCCUCCCAGUUGCCUCCCCUCUUGCUACUGUCCCUGUCUCCUUCCCAGUUGCCUCCCCUAAUGCCACUACUUCUGUCUCCCUCCCAGUUGCAUCCCCUCAUGCCACUACCUCUGACUCCCUCCCAUUUGCCUCCCCUCAUGUUACUGGCCCUAUUUCCCAUCAUGCAGCUCUUAAGACAGUUGCUCAUGUUCCUUCUUCUCCCACUCUCCAUCAUACUAACCACCCAGCUCCAGUGACACAGUACCAUGUAGAGUCAAGCUAUCCCCACUCCUACCCGCUGACCCAGCGUAAGGUGCUGCAAGACCUUGACUCAGGUCAGUACUUCGUAGUGGAUGUUCCUGUUCAGGUGAAAACAAAAACUUUCUUUGACCCAGAGACAGGGAAGUAUGUUCAGCUGAAUGUGCGCCAAUCUGGCCAGAGCACCUCCCGACCACAGUCCCAGCAAGCGCACCCACAGCCUCAGCUACAACCCCAAGUUCCAGCCAAGCAGCAACAACAGCGUCUCUCCCAAGCUUCUCCAGCUGGCAAGCCCUAUGUGGUUUAUCAAGGCUACCAGGGUUAUCCACAAGGCUACCAACCUGCAGGGACCUCCUCUGUGCACCCCCAAAGGUCAUCCUCAGUUAGGUCAACCCCAGUGACUGUCUCCCAGGAUCAACAGCCUGCUAGGGAGAACCACACCUACAGACAUCAAGCCCCCGAAAAUGAACAGAACUCGGAGGGGCAUCGCUACAGUCCAGAGAAGACUCCAUACAUGGACACGGUUAAUGAUAAAGACAAAACACAUAACACAGUUUACAACACACAUGGCUCAUAUGAGUGUGACACAAACAGCCAGCUUGCAGAAAGCUUGGUUCGUGAAACUGACAACUCAGCCCACUCAAGGUAUGAGUCCCGUGAUAUAAUAACCAUGGGUGAACUGGAGGACUUUAUGGAGGUGUCUGACUGGUGAGGAGAUUUAAGGGGUUGAUUAUGCAAUGUAUACAAGUGGCUAAGUAAAGCAUUUGAUAAAAUAAAGAUACCCAAAAGCACAGUAUGAAUGGAUCAUCAUAUAAAUUAUGUUGUUUGUAAAUGUGACUUUUUAAGGGAAAAAAGUCUCAAUGUUUUUGCUUCGUAGCUGAAAAAAGUCCCUGUGACAUGCUGUUAAAUUGCUGCUGUCAAUUUUGGAGAAUUAUUGUUAAGCUAUUUAUUGUGUUACAGAGAAGUUCACCAUUCCAUUUGACUUUUUGAAUGUGAGACGCUAAGAUAUCUUUCUUGUGUAUACAGUGUGAUCAAUAAUCUGUUGCCUCAUAGAAGUACAUUAUGAUGUAGCAAAUAGCCCAGCCCAGAGGAGUGUUUGGUUUAUGCUAUGAACACUGAUCGGCUUGCUUAAGUUGUCAUUCUCUUUUCUUGUAGGAGAAAAACCCUACUUUUGGCAUUUUGUGAUGCAUGAAAUCUUAAAUCCACAGCGUCAAUCAAAGAUCUGCAGAUUGUGUAAAGCAUAGUUUUGUGUGUUCAACCACUGUGUGAAAGUUGAAACAUGGGGAUGUCAUAAUAGCUGUGUGUAAGGUUUAAUUUCAUACUGUAGUCCAUUUUUAAAGUGGGAGGUUUGUGAGGAUGUUUCUUUGUUGCUGUGAGUAGUGUGACAUGGACUUGUUCAGGCAAUAAAAACACAUUUCAUUUAAACUAAA